AUGCAAGCCCAACUGCGAGAGAUCAGUUCUAAAUUUCACCAAGCCACCAGCUCGGCACCUGAAAUCGACCGCGUAAUCCAGGAAGAUCAGAAAACACCAUUCACUUCCCGAAUUACCAACGUUCCCGUCCCCAAUCUAGAAAAGUUCAAACUGUGUUCGUAUGAGGGAAACUCGGAUCCAAGACAUUUCCUCACGUCGUUCGGCAUUGUAAUCAAUCGACUCAAGUUCACCUCGGCCGAACAGAAGGACGCGAUCCAAUGCCAAUUGUUCGUCGAACACCUUGAAGGCAUCGCACUAGACUGGUUCUCGAGAUUGGAAGCCGACUCCAUUGACAACUACAAAGAGCUAUCGACAAAGUUUGCGAAGCAUUUUUCAAUGUUCAUCGGACAAAAAACACGUAACCCCGAGCUGUGGGAAACAUCACAAGGCGAAACCGAGUCACUCCGAGACUUCAUGGCACGGUUCAAGCAGAUUGUGGCACACUGCACAGUGGACGACGAAGCCUCCCUCGAAGCGUUAUAUCAGAAAACGUGGUACAAAUCCCCCUUUCACAAGGAACUUCACAGGAAUAGACCACUCACUCUGGAGGACGCGCUUCACAAAUCAAACAUUUUCAUCCCGGAAGAAGAGGAGGAAGCCGCCAAAGAUCGGCAGUAUUCAGCGUCAAAGCCCGACCAAACCUUGGCUGUCAAAGAGAACUCUGAAACAAAAGCCCAGUCCAGCAGGCAGCGCGGGGUAGUGAACCAGGCCGGACCGUCAAACCACAAGUCAGGACGGCCACCAAAGUCUUGGAAUACAUGGCACAGAAAGGAAGAUACACCGCUGAGUGAACGUUUUUGCGAGUAUCACGAGCGAUAUGGGCAUAGCACGGAGGAAUGCCAGCAUUUGAGGACUUCUUACUUCAACAGUUCCGCAAGGGGGAGGUCGCCACCGCGGAUUUGCCUAAGCCCGGACCCCGACGGCCGAACCCGCGACAAAACAAACCCGGCAACCAGGAGACUGCGAAGGCAGCCGAGUCCGACGAUGAGCAGACCACCCCCCCUAAACGAGACCGCGAAGCGCCUAACCGAGAAACGAACAUUCCAAAAACCAGGAAGAAGGUCAACAUGA